CCCUUGAAUCUAACAACAAAGUAAGAAUAUUAACAAUAAAUAAUAUAUAAAAUGUCUGCAGCAUCCUCCAUCACCGCAAUCCACGUCGAGAACAUUGAGUUCCCAGCGGUGGUUACCUCUCCGGUCACCGGCAAAUCAUAUUUCCUCGGCGGGGCAGGUGAGAGAGGGUUAACUAUCAAUGGAACUUUCAUCAAGUUCACUUGCAUAGGAGUAUAUUUGGAGGACAAAGCAGUAGAAUCUCUUGCCACUAAAUGGAAGGGUAAAACCUCCGAAGAGUUGCUUGAAACCCUUGAUUUCUACAGAGACAUCAUUUCAGGUCCAUUUGAAAAGCUAAUUAGAGGAUCUAAGAUUAAGGAGCUGAGUGGUCCUGAGUACUCAAGGAAGGUUAUGGAGAACUGUGUGGCACAUUUGAAAUCUGUUGGAACAUAUGGAGAUGCAGAAGUUGAAGCUAUACAAAAAUUUGCAGAAGCUUUCAAGAAUGUCAAUUUUCCACCUGGUGCUUCUGUUUUUUACCGGCAAUCACCUGAUGGAAUACUAGGGUUAAGUUUCUCAAAAGAUAUAAGUAUACCAGAAAAGGAGGAUGCAAUUAUAGAGAACAAAGCAGCUUCGUCUGCAGUGUUGGAAACUAUGAUUGGUGAGCAUGCUGUUUCUCCUGAUUUGAAGCGUUGUUUGGCUGCAAGAUUGCCUGCAUUGUUGAAUGAGGGUACUUUCAAGAUUGGGAAUUGAUGGUUUUUCAUCUUCAAAAGUGUUGCAACACAAGCUUCAGAGCAUGUGCUUUUUUUUUUUAAUGUCUACACUUGUUUUUUUGUAUUCAAUAAUAGUAUGAAACCAAAUGAAAGAUCUUACUUUCUGUUA